ACUUAAUCAUCUGUCUGUCAAAGAUUGAUUGACAGUAACCUUAGCUUGAGUGUAAAUAUACAGGUGUUUUGUGUAUAUAGGGAGAAGUUUGAUAUUUUCGUCUCAAUACAACACACACAAGGUUUUCAAGUUGGCGGAUUUUGGUGUAAGAUUGGAUGAGUGUUAUUUAGAAGUGGUAGUGUUGGCCAUGUGGAUAUAUCCUUACAUAACAGUAUUUACUUACUUACUUACUAUAAUUAAAGCCAAUGCAGAUCACCAUGUCUACCUCAGAAUACAAGAAGAAAACCACACCCACUGUUACAUGCCCACUAAUCUUAAAAUUACACUGGAUUUUAGGGAUCCCAAGAAACCCCAAAUCACCACCUUGAACCUUGACCUCAUUAAGAAUAAAAACGUACAUGCAAAUGUUCCUCUGUACGUCAUAGAGGGAAGACAUGGAGCACAUAAAAUCAGUAAAUCCAGGUCACCGUUUAUACAUGGUCACGGAGUUUAUCAAAGUCCAACACAUGGUGGAUAUUUUACAGUAGAUUGUAGGAGAGAGAGAAACGUGCCAAAUAAUAUUUAUACAAUAAAAGGGUCGCUGUAUUUAAAAAAGCAAAAAUUUAGAUUAGAACAUAGUUUAGAGGGUGUGCAUGUGGUACAUAAUGUAAAUAUAAACAAUUAUAAACAAUAUAUAUAUAAGUUAACACCAGAAGAAGACACACAUUCAUAUGACUUUAAAUUAACUCAAAGAAAACGAAGAGAAAUUUCCAAGUUAAAAAGUAAAAGUCGAGAGAAAAGAAAUGUGAUCAAUGAAAUAUUUAUAGAUAUUUUAGUAGUAACUGAUCAUGCUAUAUAUAGAGAAUGGUUAUCAACAGAUAAUAAUGUAGACGAAAAAGCCAAAGAAGAUAUAAAAAGAUAUUUCUCGCAUGUAAUGAACGGGGUUAGUUCAAGAUAUAAAUCUCUAGAAUCUACAUUUAAAGUAACAAUAAGAUUAGUGGGUAUCAUUAUAGCAGAGACAGCGGAAGCAGCGCCAUGGACAGAAUUGCACAAAGAAAAUGUAUCUUUAAAAUACCAAGUAGACGCCGAUACUGUGCUGGAAGCGUUAAAGAAAUGGGUGGUUAAUACGUCAUCUGUACCCGAGCAUGACCAUGUUAUGUUAUUUACCGGAUACGAUCUGUUUGGUAAUGAUAAUGGGUUUAGAUUUAACUAUACAACUGGUUUAGCAUAUAUUGGCACUAUGUGUCAAGGAGAAGGUAGAAGUGUGUCUAUUGUAGAAGACCAUGGAGGAUUUCAGAGUGUUGGUACAGCUACACACGAGAUAGGUCACAGUCUUGGUGCAGAUCAUGACGGCACCAACAACACAUGUUCCUCUAAUGAUAGAUAUAUAAUGGCUGGUCAAUCAUUUAACGAAACCAAAUACAACGCUUAUAAUCCCUGGACCUUUUCUAGAUGUUCGAUAGAUUAUUUUACUAAUUAUGUUAAUUCAAUAAGCGACUCCAUAGAGCAAAGGCAGUGUUUAAUUUAUAAAAUACCAGUAGAUCGUAGCUUACCAGAUGUAUCAGAUGAGAUGCCUGGACAAGAAUUUGGUCCUGAUCAACAAUGUAGAAAUAUAUAUGGAAACACAUCAUAUUUAUGUAGAGGUAGUUCGUUUGGUGAUUCUGAUUCUGUUUGUAAAGCUAUGUUUUGUAGAAAUCCUCUUACAACUAGGAAGUGUGUACUGCAUAGUGCUGCUGAGGGGACAUCUUGUGGUGAUAAAAAGUGGUGUUCCCAAGGCCACUGUCUGUAUUCAGAUCGUGCUCCGGCUCGUAAAGAGGGUUGUACGUUUGGUGAUCAGACAGGUUUAAUAUUUAGUGGUAAGACAUGUAGCAAGCUAUUGGAGGAAUCACUGGGUUAUUGUUAUAUUAAGUCAUUUUGGGAUAGAUGUUGUCAGUCAUGUUAUAAAUAUCAUACUGGUGUUAAUGGUUGCGAGUUUGGAGAUAAAGUUUUGCAUUGUAAAGUGUCUAAUUGUGGAGAAACGGUAGCUAAUGGUACCUUGUACGAUAAAGAUUGUUGUGGCACCUGCAAGUAUCAGCAUACGUCUCCGACAACUACGACAACAGUUGCUACUGCAACAGCUAGAACGUGUAAUGAUGUAGACAGCAUUAAUAAUGUAUCAUGUUCCGAUUUCUUGAAACUUAAGGGCAGGCGCCAGUGUUACAGAUCAGAGGUGUAUGAAGCGUGCUGUCAGUCGUGUAAUAAAGUCCAACAUGGUCUUAAAGAAUGUACGUAUGGUGAUAAAGUUCUGGGAUGUGACCCGGAUAAUUGUGGAUCAACCUUUGAUGAUGGUAGUUCUUAUGAUAAAGAUUGUUGUGAAUCGUGUAUAAGUGAUAACGAUAAAGGAACAGCUGGGGUUACAGAAUGUCGUGAUCGUGGCACCGUCAACAAAAUGUCUUGCGGAAAGUUCUUGAAAACAUACGGCAAAUCACACUGCUAUAUUCCUGAUGUUUUCAUAAACUGUUGCACGACUUGUUCGUCACUGUCACUCAGUACAUCAGCGUGUAACUAUGGUGAUAGAGAUGAAGACAGGUGUAAAAAAUAUAUAGCAACUAUUACAAAUGGUGUCUGUGACGAUAAGUACAAGAAUCUAUGUUGUCAUUCUUGUAGACAACUAGCCACAUAUAAACAACCACAAGCGACCACACGACGGCCCAUCGCACACCAUCCAACAUCUUACACUCCGGCCACUUAUCAAGUAUCUAUAUCCAUAUAUUGUAUAAUAAAUGCUAAUAUUUUAUUGUAUUUUUUUUAAUUGAGUGAAACAAAAUGGGGCUCAAACAUCUUAGACAAUCUUUUGGUUAUAAAAUAGUAAAUCAAAAUACGGCCUAUCAUAAAUGUAGCCAAAACAGUAUUGGAAAAUCUGAUCUCUACAUUCGGUCUCCUACUGCUAUAUAACGGAUUCUGCGCCGUGAUCGAAGUUUGUCUGCGAUAUCACUAUUGUAAGAACAAAACCGGGUAUAAAAGAAAAUGGAUCGCAGUAGAAUAAAUCUUAUAGUGCUUGUCAUGUACGUUGAACCUCUUUAGAUUGGGUAAUAUUAGGAUUGUUAAGUUUCUGUUGUCAUAUUAUCUACCAUAUUCCUGAAGCAAUGGCCCGAGAAAUCCCUCUCUAGCCAUUGCUGUAUUGAGACUGAAAACUUGAGUCUUUGACGGAGCGUGUCCAUUUUCAUCGUCCAGUCAAAUCUCCCCUGGGUAAAUUAUAGGGAAUUGUCAUGACUAAUUGUUAGUGCUGAUUUAAAGUAAACAUUAUUUACCAUUGGAUGCAUCGGGAAGAAACAUCGAUACUUACAUAGGUAAAUUUGGUCGUCGCUGAAACUCGCUAUUGGAACGAAAUUUUUUUGACUCAAAUCUCCGAUAUAAAUUCUAUAAACGUGUACCAAUGAUUACUGCUUACCUUUAAAAAUUCGACAAUAUUUAUCCAUUUUUGUGAAGAAAAGCCAUGAAUUAUUUAUUUUAUCAAAAAAGCACAUGCCGUAUUUCUAUCCCGUUUGUUGAAACACAAUACGCAACAUGACAGCCCUUCUCUUUGAUUUGCUGUGUGGUCCAAGAGAUGAUAAAAAGACGCCACGUGUGCGGCGAUUACCAAAUGUUUGCAUUAUAGCUAUUUUGGAUAGCCUCGUUUAUCACACAAUUAGUUUCUCUGCAAUAUUCUGUUAUGUACUAGUUAAUUGAGCGUAAUACACUUCGCGCGUUCUGACGUAAUGUAGCUGCGUUUGUCACCAGAGUGUGGCAGUGUUUGAGUGGGAUUAGGUCUAGAAUCAAACGAAACAUUGCGAGGAAUAUGAUUAAUACCGGUAAUUCAUAAUUUAUAAACAUAUUAUUUCUAUACCUAAAUUAUUUUAUAGAUAUGAUCGAUUACAACAGGCCCGUGUGUCUCAUUCUAUUUAAACGGGCGGGUACAUAUAUUUUGGAAGAAUUCCCGCCAAAAAAUCAUUUUAUUAUGUAUGCCAUUUACUGUGAUAGCGUUAAGUAAUUGGAAGCUCAUAUUUAAAUAUUAAUGCAAAUUUGGUAGCACCUGUCAAAACUAACCGUCCAUUUGGCUUCUACAGAGUAUGAUGUACCAAUAUUGACUGAUAUUAUUAAUUAAUGCAUGCCAUAAAUCUUGCAUGUCUAAUAGUACCAGCCCUUCUCUGUAGACUUCUGAUUGGUCUACUUUCAGUUUUUGACUCUACAAGUUAGCAAAGCAAUGGUACAGCCACUUCCUCAAGUUCGGCAAGUGCCCUUCAACUUUUAUGGUUUAAUAUAUUUUAUGGGAACUCUGCCCUAUGUCAAUUAUUAUCAAACAAUACAUGAAGUUU